AUGGAGGCCCACCACGCCCCCAACUGGUCGCGCAAGCAGCACGUCGACGGCGCGCACGACAAGCCGAGCGCCACGUCCGGGAGCCACGGCCGGCGGCCGCACAACGCGACGAAGCCGAAGACGAAGCACGCGCCCAUCGACGGCGAAGCCUGGUCCCACGCCGACGCGCGGGCGGCGCGGCUGGGUAGGACCGAAUCACUGAGCGGCUAUCUGUUCGGUUCAGCGUUUUCAGCGCCCGAACGGCAGCGCCCGGCCGAAGAGAAUAGAAGAUUGUGGCCCGAAGAACACGACGAGGACGCGGCGACCUACUUCACGCCCUUCGACGAAGGUAGAAGUGGUGUGAGACCGGACGGCCCCGAGACGACGUCCACGGGCGAGAACAAAUUCCACCUAGAAUUUCAGGGCAACCACGAGCCCCACGACGGCGAGUGCGAAGCGGUAAGGUUGCCCGGUGAAGACCACCGGCCCAUCGACGAGGACGAGCCGUUGUACGCCGGAAAUGUUAGAUUAGCAGAAGUAUUAGGAGAGCGAAAGGAGUCCUUCGACCUCACACCGCGCUUCUACGGCCCCGACGAGGCUCGAGCUCAUGUUUUGGAGCGGGACGAGCCGCAGCCCGAGUUCGACGUUGCUGGACAUGUGCGCCUCAAACCAGCUCUACACGAGGAGACGCCGGACCUAUUAGCGCUGGUUGGUCCGGGUUGA